CUGUGGCAAGCCCUGUCUUGUGGCAGAAGGACUGCGUGAAGGGUCCAGAGGUGUGGUGUCAGAGCGUUCGGACAGCAUCGCAGUGUGGAGCAGUGAAACACUGCCAGCAGAAUGUCUGGAACAAGCCUGUUGUAAGCAGUAUCCCCUGUGACUUGUGUAAGGAACUUGUGACAGUGGCUGGCAAGGUUUUGAAGGAUAAUGGCACCGAGGAUGAGAUCCGCUCUUACUUGGAAAAGACGUGCGAGUUUCUUCCUGACCAAGGCCUGGUCUCUGAGUGCAAAGAAAUUGUGGAUUCUUACUUACCCGUUAUCAUGGAUAUGAUCAAAGAAGAGCUGGACAAACCUGAAGUUGUGUGCAGUGCCCUCUCACUGUGCCAGUCCCUUCAGAAGCACCUUGCAGCAAUGAAACUUCAGAAACAACUCCAGUCCAAUAAGAUACCAGAGCUGGACUUCUCUGAACUGGCGUCCCCAUUCAUGGCUAACGUGCCUCUUCUCCUUUACCCUCAGGACAAACCCAAGCAAAACCCUAAGGGAAGUGGAGAUGUGUGCCAAGAUUGCAUUCAGCUGGUUACUGACGUUCAGGAAGCUGUGAGGACAAACUCAUCUUUUGUGAAGUCUUUGGUUGCUCAUGCCAAGGAGGAGUGUGACCGUUUGGGACCUGGAAUGUCUGAUAUGUGCAAGAGCUAUAUCUCUGAAUAUUCUGACUUGGCUAUCCAAAUGAUGAUGCACAUGAAGGAUCAGCAACCAAAGGACAUUUGUGCCAUGGUUGGGUUCUGUCCUUCUGUGAAAUCUGUUCCUCUUCAGACUCUGGUGCCAGCUCAGGAGGUUCAUGAAGUGAAAAUGGAAACCGUGGAGAAAGCCUCAGUUCAAGAGAAGACUUUUUCCUUGUGUGAAAUAUGUGAGACCAUGGUGAAAGAAGUGACCGGCCUCUUGGAGAGCAACAAGACCGAGGAGGAAAUUGUCCACGAAAUGGAGGUCAUCUGCUACCUGUUCCCAGGAAGUGUCAAAGACCAGUGUAAGGACUUCAUCGAUGUCUAUGGCCAGGCUUUGAUUGACAUGCUCUUGGAGGCAACGAACCCUGAAACUGUGUGUGUAAUGCUGAAAUGCUGUGCAGCCAACAAACCUCCAGAGCAGCCAGUUGUAUCGAAACCUGCAGGUGGCUUCUGUGAUGUCUGCAAGAUGGUGGUAGCUUAUGCAGACAAAGAGCUAGAGAAGAACGCCACGACAGCUGAAAUUGAAGCUUUGCUGGAAAAAGUCUGUCACUUCCUGCCAGCAUCUGUCACCGAUCAGUGUGUUCAGUUUGUGGAACAGUAUGAACCCGUGGUUGUGCAACUCUUGGCGGAGGUGAUGGAUCCCACUUUUGUUUGCACUAAACUUGGAGUUUGUGGAUCAGCUCAACAGCCUCUCCUGGGGGAAGAUGCUUGUGUCUGGGGCCCAGGUUACUGGUGUAAGAACAUGGAGACUGCUGCUCGGUGCAAUGCUGUUGAUCACUGCAAACGUCACGUGUGGAACUAGAAGAAGAAUUUCCAGUUCUGAAAGUUUUGCCGUGGCUCUCAAAAAUGCGGGCCAAGGUUGGCGGAGAGCUGUAUCCUGAAUGUCCCUCCUCUCUGCCUCGUUAACAAGUUGACCUUCAAGUUCCUUUAUUGUAACUCUUCUGUAGCAGCGCUGCUGUUGAAGGAUCAGAUCCUCAUUGUUGACUUAACAAAAGAUAUUUCUGAUUGUACAGUUUAACUCGUUAUGCUCCUAAAAAUAGUGUGUUGUAGGUUUUUUUAAUUGGUAGACCAAAGUGGUUUUUAGGUGCUGGGAAGAAUGGCAGAGAAGGUGGAAGGAAAUAAGACUGUUAUCUUUUAAUUUAAAAAGAAAAAAAGAAUGAAAUAGUGGCUAAGCUUUCAGAUGUCUUUCAGUAGCCAGCACUGGGAAGAUUACAUGCUUUGCAUUUUUAACACCUGGCUGGAAUUAUUAAUUUUCUGUGUAACUGUAGGGGAACCUUUAAGCGAAAAUGUGGAAUCUGGGAAAUCCCUCCAGCUGGAAUUUUCAAAGCUCUACAGGUGCAGAGGAGGGGGACUCUGUGUGCCCAGCUAACU